AUGGCGGACGCUGCGCCAGCACCAUCCCCUCGUCCCUACAACCAUGGCAUCCGGGCCACCAUUACCGAACAGAUCGGAAACACACCCUUGGUUCGCCUGAAUAAGAUUCCACAGUCUCUGGGUAUGGAGUGUACUGUACUGGCAAAAUGUGAGUACUUCAAUGCUGGUGGUAGUGUCAAGGAUCGGAUCGCUUUAAGGAUGAUUGAAGAGGCAGAGAAGAGUGGAAGGAUAAAGCCGGGAGAUACACUCAUUGAGCCAACAAGUGGAAACACUGGCAUCGGUUUGGCUCUGGUCGCAGCAGUCAAAGGUUACAAGACAAUCAUUACUUUGCCUGAGAAGAUGUCAGCCGAGAAAGUGUCUGUUCUGAAGGCCUUGAACGCAACAAUCAUACGAACACCUACACAAGCAGCAUUCGACAGUCCCGAGUCGCAUAUCGGUGUUGCAAAGAAGUUGCAGAAAGAGGUCCCAAAUGCUCAUAUUCUAGAUCAAUAUGGGAAUCUCGACAAUCCCUUGGCCCAUGAGCUUGGCACUGCUGAGGAGAUAUGGUCACAAUCAGAAGGCACUGUUACUGCAGUCAUUGCAGGUGCCGGCACAGGUGGCACGAUUACUGGUCUUGCACGUGGUUUGCAGAAGCACAAAAAGGAUAUCAAAGUUAUCGCAGCUGAUCCUCAGGGUUCCAUCCUUGCUCUUCCAUCGAUGCUGAACGACGACCACAUGAAUACUGCUUACAAGGUCGAAGGUAUUGGCUACGAUUUCAUUCCAGAUGUUCUUGACCAGAAAAUUGUCGAUAAAUGGUAUAAGACUGACGAUCGAGACUCCUUCCAUUUUGCUCGACGUCUAAUCGCGGAAGAGGGUCUUUUGGUUGGUGGUUCGUCUGGCUCGGCCAUUGCAGCCCUGGUUAAAGCAGCCAGAGACCCUGAUAUUCACUUUACCAAAGACGAUGUUGUCGUAGUAAUCUUACCUGACAGUAUUCGUUCUUACCUCUCCAAGUUCAUUGAUGACGACUGGCUCGUUGCAAACGAUCUUCUACCUCCAACACCACCUCCUGAACCAAGCUCACCCACUACAGAGAAGAAACAGAAAGCAGAUGAUCCAUUCAAAGGUGCAACUGUACGGUCUCUACGCCUCAAGCCCAUACAAUCCAUUCCCAGCGAUCAGCCCUGCAGCUCGGCCAUAGAGAUCAUGCGUGAGAAGGGCUACGACCAGCUACCUGUCCUUGGCCCUUCACCUUCCAAACGUCUUGUCGGCCUGGUUACGCUUGGCAACCUUCUCUCUCGUAUCAGUCACGGUCGUGCAACAGGAAAAUCCUCAGUACACGAUGUCAUGUUCGAUUUUACCAAAAUUGAUGAGGUCAUCACAAACCCGCAGGACGUUGAAAACAUGGGUCUCGAGGCAGGUAUCACCAACAGUGUGGCUGAGGAAAGUCAUGGCAUGACCGAGCAGAAAGAUGAAUCUCGAAAGAACAAAAAGAAUCAAGGAAGACGUUUCGUGGAGAUCACUAUGGAUACACCUCUAGUGGCCUUGAAUCGCUUCUUUCAAUGGCAAAGUGCGGCAAUCGUGACGGAACGUGACGGCGACAAGAAGGAUGGACCGCUGAAACCAGUCGCCGUCGUUACCAAGGUCGACUUGUUGACAUGGAUGUUGAAGGAGGAUAGAUGA